UCUCAUCAAAUCAGGAUGGGCUGUUUCUACCGCCUCCUGUACUGGAAUUCAUCAGUCGCCCAUUGCUGUCUCACAUCUGGAAUUGUGUGCUGAAAGACAUCAAAUGUAGGCGAAAUGAAGGACGAGAAAAACACAGCGUGGUCGGUGCAGAGUGCCGAGACGGAGCGUAAAAAUGCAGCUGAUGUGGAGGAUGGCCAGGCGGGCAGCGGAUCAGCGCUGAACCCGGUGCUCCAUGAAGCGGGAUCAGACCGAGCCUCCGCGCCGACAGCCCGAGCAGGGACGGGAAUACGCGUUUUAAAGCGUAACAUGAAGAGGAAUGGCAGCCGAGGCUGCGUGACCCGGAAGACGCGGUUCGGCUCUCGCGAGCGGGACUGGUUGAAGGGUGAUGCUCAGCGAGGCUGCGUGUGUCUCUACGGGGCUUCGGAGCCUCAGGCCCCUGCAUCAGGCCCCCAGACCACCUCCACCGCCCAGCCGGACCUGAAACUGGUCCUGUGCUCGACCAACACCACCAUUGAGGAGCUCUGCGCUCAAAGAGAUGUUCAGGGUCUCUACCUGCAGCUGCACGGAGACUUAAUCAGGAGGCUGGACCCCUCCGAGCGUCCUCUUCAAAUGGUCUAUGACUAUCUGACUGCUAUGGGCUAUGAAGACCCGCUCCGAGUACAGCAGGAAGCAGCCAACUCAGACCUCAGCUGCAUGAUCCGAUUUUACAGUGAGAAACCAGUUAAUGCUGACCAGCAAGAGCGGACUCUUCUGAAGGGUGUGUUCAGUGUCAGGAAGGGGAAGACACAGCUCCAUAAAUGGGCAGAGCGGCAGGUCAUCCUGUGUGGGACGUGUCUUAUUGUGGCCUCUGUCAAGGACAGUCUGACCGGCAAGAUGCAUAUCCUGCCCCUGGUCGGGGGGAAGGUCGAGGAGGUGAAGAGGAGGCAGCACUGUCUGAUUUUUAGCUCUGCUGGCCCACAGGCCCAGACCUACUAUGUUAAUUUUGACACGCUGGCCGACUACCAGCGCUGGCAUCGGCAAGCUUCUAAAGUGGUGUCUCAGAUGAUAAGUCUUGUGGAUUUAUCCUGCUACAGUCUGGAGGAAAUGCCAGAGUAUCUCUUCUACUGCCAGGAUGUCACACACCUCAACCUACGCCACAACUUCAUGAGGUUGGAUGGUUCUGGAGGACUCAGCAACUUCAACAGAUUUACACAGCUGAGGAGCUUAAAUCUUUCUCACAAUGGGCUGGGUGUGUUCCCGGAAUCAGUGUGUGAGAUCCAGACGUUGACGGAGCUCUAUCUCUCCUGCAACGGUCUCAGUGCCGUCCCUUCCCACAUCGGCAACCUUCAGAGCUUACAGACUCUGUCUCUGGAUGGAAAUCGGUUGGAUUCUCUACCGGAGGAGCUGGGCAGCCUCGUGCAGCUCUGCAGCUUGGGACUUUCUUUCAAUGAUUUCCCUCACAUACCCUGCGUGGUGGAGAAGCUCUGUGCCCUGGACAAGCUAACGAUGGCUGGGAACAGGGUGGAGACCCUGGAUCUGUGCAGCCUGCUUCGAAUGACUCACAUUAAGAGUAUUGAUUUACGGUUAAAUGGCCUCCGCUGUGUUAAAAGUGAAACCCUGGAGCCCAUAAAACAUCUCACCCAACUGGACCUGAGAGACAACCAACUGACCUCGCUGGACUUGAGCUCUGCCUGCAAUCUAGAGACCCUGCAGUGUCAGAGAAACCAGCUUAGUGCCCUCACGCUCAGCGGCUUCACUCUACGCACACUCCAUUCCAAUAACAACCGUCUGACCACAGUGAACAUCUACCCUGUUCCCAGCGAACUAACACAUAUGGACCUAUCAAGGAAUCUCCUGGAAUACCUGCCAGACUGGGUGUGUGACAGCAGGAAGAUUGAGGUGUUGGACGUCUCCUGUAAUCUGCUGUCUGCACUCCCAGCCAGACUACUUAGCAGUCUGAGUCUCCGUAAACUGCUGGCGGGCAACAAUAGAUUGGAGAGACUGCCUGACCUGCUCGACCACAUCCCGCUGGAAACACUUGACCUGCAGCACAACAAGUUAAAAGAACUGCCAGAGAGCUUCUUCUACAAGGCCUUAAAUUUAAAGUAUCUGAAUGUAUCCGCCAAUGCACUGGAGACAAUCCCGCCAAGCAGCCAAUCAGAAGAGAGCCUCAGCACCCUGCAAGAGCUCUAUCUCACAGGAAACAACCUGAAUGAAAACAGCGCUGCUCUACUGGUUGGGCACCAGCACCUGCGUGUCUUGCAUAUGGCUUAUAACCAACUGCUGUCCUUUCCUGCUAGCAAACUCAGUAAACUGGAGGUGUUGGAGGAGUUGAAUCUGAGUGGGAACAAGCUGAAAACGAUCCCCUCCACUGUGUCCAGCUGUAAGAGACUUCACACCCUCAUUGCCCACUCCAACCAUAUCAAUGUGUUCCCUGAGGUCCUCAGCCUGCCCGAGAUCAAGCUAGUGGAUGUGAGCUGUAAUGAGCAGACAGAAAUCCUGUUGCCAGACUCUCUGCCCUCCACACUGCAAGAGCUGGACCUCACCGGCAACAGUAGCCUCAUACUGGAGCGUAAAACCCUCAACCUCUUCAGUAAUAUAAGUACUUUGAAGCUGGACCAGAAGCCAGCUGUGACCGCAGGAGAUGCUCAGGGCUCGUCCCCACUGUGGGAUCACGGCUAUGCUGAGAUGUGUGGUCAAAGAAACAAGUUGUGUGUGUCUGUGCUGGCUGUGGAUCGCUUUGGGGAUAGUCCGGAGGCUGCUUACGGGAUUUUUGAUGGGGACCGUAAUGAGGAAGUUUCCAGGCUUCUGCAGUGCACCAUGGGAGAUGUAUUGGCAGAGGAAAUACAGCACUCCGGUGUGGACAGUGUGUACAUGUGCAACACUUUCCUAACCUCUCAUAGGAAACUUGGUAUGGCAGGCCAGAAGCUCGGUGCUUCUGCUCUGCUCUGCUACAUCCAUCAUGAGUCCUCUGAACCGGGCAGCUACUUCAGCCUCACUGUGGCCAAUGUUGGUACCUGUCAGGCUGUGCUGUGUCGUAAUGGGCAACCUCUCACCCUGUCAAAGGUUUUCAGCCUAGAACAGAGUGCUGAGGAGAUGGAGCGUAUCAAAAUGGCUAAAGCUAUCAUCACUGAGGACAACAAGGUGAGUGGGGUGACAUGCUGCUCACGGUUACUUGGCUGUUCCUACCUUUUUCCUUGGGUGCUUCCCAAACCCUGGGUGCACACCGAGCCUCUGUGUUCCCAGGAUGAGUUCCUGAUCCUUGGAAACAAAGCACUCUUCCAGAAGGUCUCGUACCAAGAGGCAGUGAGCACUGUGCUUGCCAUCAGAGAACCCCGCGCUGCUGCCAAAAAGCUCUGCACGCUGGCGCAGAGCUAUGGGUGUCGGGAUAAUGUUGGAGCUGUAGUAGUAGCUUUGCAUAUUGGGAAAGACAGCUGUACGUGCGAGCCUUCUCUCUUGACCACAGAUACCCGAGGACCACCUGGUCCGACACCUUUACCAAUUUCCGUGUCCCCUGCUGACCCAGCCACCCCGUCAUCCAGCAGUGGUAUUGUCUCAGAGUUGAACAGCGAGUUGUCAGCCUCGGAAGUGGGCAGCGAGGCUGGGUCCACGGCCUCGGAUGAGCACCCCUCUUCAGGGCCAAAUGCUCGUCCAGAGCGUCAUUGUAGUCUGCACCCUCUUACGUUGUGUAACAUGGGGCCACUGAUGAGCCUGGGGGCUGGGACUCACACAGCUCUGUUUCAACGCCAACCUUCCAGUGCCACCUUCCCUAGCAACCAGUCUGACAAUGGGCUGGACAGUGAUGACGAGGCUCCCCUAGAGGGCGUCAUCUCAAACGGGAGUAAACUCGAAGUGGAGGUGGAUAUUCAUUGCUGUGCUUUCCAGCUGCGCUCUGGACCACCUGAAAGCCCUAAAGACCUGGACGGCCGUCAUGACUCAAGGGGUUCGGACUAUCCCAACAACAAAAUGCGGCGACAAAACAGUGUGGUGGUUUCGGCCACCAACGGAUGCUUGUUGGCCGUGUGUGGUCGAGAGAUCUCUGAUCUGAAGAAGUCCCCAUCCACCUCCAGCCUCUUUGGGAAAAAGCUCUCCAAUGGCUCCGUAGUAGCUCUGGAGGAAAGCCACAACAUCAUUGAAGUAGCACUCGAGGCACCCAAAAAGAAAUCAGGAUAUUUUGCCGCACCAGCCCAGCAAGACCCGGAAGACCAGUUGAUUAUACCGCCUAGUCUGGAACAGGAUGUUAGAGAGCAGCUGAGAGGCCAGAGUCCUGUAGUUCCAGGGCCACCACCUGCUUCAACACCUCCCUCAGCAAGAGACCCAAACUGGGACCACCCUAACCCAGUCAUCUCUGGUCUCCAUCCCACCACCAUCCUGAAACAGGACGUAUACGACACGGCUCUGUAGUUGGUGCUUGAGGACAGCGCCUUCGGAACAUCCUCGCAUCAUUGUGCCACAUCAAAAAGGCUAGCACGCUCUUCCUGCCUUUGCGAAAUUCCAGUUCUUCUUUAGCGUUGUCAUCAUGCGUGGGUACCCUGCAUGUGCAUUUUUAGGCUGAUAUGCAUCUGGGCCACAGACUGGAAGUGGGCACACGUUUCAGGACCGAUGAAAUCUUCAGAAUUGAGGUUUUGAAAUACAUGAGCUAUUCCUGACCAAAAACCACAGCAUGGAGCUGGAGUACCUCAUACAUCACCAUGCACGAGCUCAUUUUCAACAUUUGCCCUUUAUAUCAAAGGCCACUGACUAAAAUAGGUUUCAAAGAUUACAUUUGCCUUCUGGCGGAACGAUACAAGCUAAACUGAGACCAAAAGUUGAGAAAAGUGCCUCUUGAAGAUGAUUGAGGUUCUCUGAGCCUUUACUAAUCUGGUGUAUGUGCAGUAUCUCUCUCCUACCUUCCAGUAUGGUGUCUAGUCAGUGGUGUUUAGCACUUUUGAAGUCCGUGAGGGAUUAUUCAGAGGAGGGUCAAAUGGAUCACUUUCCCUUCCGACUUGCUGAAAACAUCCAACGCUUCAUUAAUGGAAAAGAGUGGUCAUGGUGGAAAGAUGUUUUGUUAAAAAAAUACCAGAGCUUUCUCCACUUCCCCAUAUCUCUUUACUUGCCUGCAUACAGUAUCUCCCAGACAAAGCCAUGGGGGUGUUGAGAGAAUAGUGCCACCUCUCUGGAACCCUCCGCACAAUAGAAAUAAACAAUGAACCAAUUGCAUUCAAACCCUGACAGACCUUCUGUAAAGAGUGGAUUGAUGGAGGUCAGAGUGAGAGAAAACACCCUCUAUUUCCUGUUCUUGUUUCAUCCAAUGCCCAGUUGAAGCAUUUUCACACCUUUUGGUCUUUUAGGGGACCGGAAAAGACCUCACAGCCUUGUCUGAAACCAUAAUUCGAGCUGUCUGGGGUUGUUUAGAGUACUUAAAGUUUCGAGUGUGCCAUGACUGCUUGACAGAGCCCAUGCUGUAAUACAUCAGGCUGUGAAUAUGUUAUUGGGUCUUUGCAAUUGUAUGACAGAGUUGUGCUGUUGUUGUGAGUGAGAUUGGGAUAUUUUCUCAUUAUCAAGGACAAAACGUGAAUCGCUAAUGUGUGUGAAAUAUGAUGACAUUAAAUUUAUUUUUAGUAUGAAGAGGUACAGGGCAUAUGAUAUUACAGUAUGUAUUGUGCAGUGUGUGGGUGUGUAUGAAUUUUAUUUUAGCCAUGUAUGGACCGUAUAAGUAAACAGGCUGGUUAUAUUUGUAUUUUAAUAAGGGGGACCCUAAAGAAAUAGAAGAUAAUUUCUUACUGCGUCAUUUGAGUGUGCCAUUGCCACAAUCACAGUAUCAGGGAUUUCUGUCCAGUAAAAUUCUGUGCUCAUGGUUUGAGGAGACAUCUAGUGGUGUUCAUUGGAAACAACAGUGUUGAUUUUUAGGCUUGUAAGGGUUUUUUCCUGUAUCUAGCACAUUGUGUUGUAAUGAUUAAGUUCUGCUCAUGCAGAUUGUUAUUAUGCUACAUUUCAGAUGCUUUUUAAUUAGCUAAUUAAAACCAAGUGCAAGGGCAUAUUUAUGGUAACACUUUACAACAAGGUUGUAUUCGUUAACUUUAGUUUACUUCAUUAAUUCACAUUACCUAACAAUGAACAAUACUUUUACAGCACUUAUUAAUAUUGGAUAAUGUUUAUUUCAACAUAUAUGUCUACAAUUAAAAGUUGUAUGUCAACAUUAGUCAUGUUGCUUAUUAUAAUGCUUUAUGAACUAACAUGAACUAACGGUGAACAAUUGUAUUUUCAUAAAUUAGUUUUAACCAAGAAGAGCGAAUGCUGUUAAAAACUAUUGUUCAUUGUUAGUUAAUGAUACCUAAUGCAUUAAUUAAUGUUUAACAUUAAUGUAAAGUGUUACCAUUUUUAUACAUUUUUAGAUGCAUAAUUUUAAUUAGUUAAAUAUAGUUUUUUUAUAUAGUAUGCAUUUAGGUGUAAAUGGGAGCAACAGUUCAUAUGGUCAUCGAAACUUUAAUACACUUCAAAUUUUAGAAAUCAUAACUCAAGAAAAAAAAGCUCAACUUUGUCAUAAUGUUACUGAAACAUUCCGUUCUAGAAUUUCUACAUCAUCCAUAAGACUUGUUCAGGCCAUAUCCACACUAAUAUGUUUUCGCCUGAAAACUCGAUUUUCAGAUUCCUGAUGUCAUGAUUUUCCCAAAUACUCUUAAAAAUAAAGGUUCCAAAAAUGGGUUUCUGCAGCAAUGCCAGAAGAACCAUUUUUGGUUCCCCUGACAACCUUUCAACGAAAGGUUCUUAAAAUAACCAGGGGGCUGGAAGGGGGUGCUAGGGGGCCAGCAAAACAUUUCAGAGACAAAAAGUGUGUGAAAGUGUAAAAAUGUUUGCCAUAAUUUAACAUUAUUACCAUUUCAGUCUCAAAUCAUGAGUUUUAUUCAUAUUGGAGUCUACUUAUAGCAAUAGUUUUUAACAGUAAGAAGUAAAUACAAAUCUGCAAAUAGUUUAACAAAAAAUCUAAGAAAUAGGGAUUGUAAUGCACUGUUCUGAGUAAAGCUGCUUUGAAGCAAUAUUUAUAGUGAAAAGUGCUGUGCAAGUAAAUUAUGACUCAGAAAAGACACAGUUAACUUGAUACAAAGUAAAUAUAUUUUGGAUAAUAUUUUAAUUAUUUAUUUUGGCUUUAAUACAAUGUCAAUAUAAAAACCUAUUAUUUAAUUUCACAAACAACAUGUCUUUAUAAUAUCAUGCCGAGUAUAUUUAUCACAUAGGGGUACCUCGCAAGGGGAUCAUCAUAUUCGGGGUCCUUGGCAUCAACAAGUGUGAAAACCCCUGGUCUAAGAACCUUUUCUGCUACAAACAACUUUUUGUGCAAUAGGAAGUUUCCAUGGAUGCUAAAGGUUCUUUUUGGAACCAUACAUGCCGAUAAAGGUGAGAAUUUCCAAAAGUCCCCAUUUUUGGUGGAGGAAAACGCCAUUGCAGUGUGGAUAAGAGGCGUAAACGUAGCAAAAUCAAUGCAGUUUCAUCCAAAACCGUGUUCUUGUGGACAUGGCCUCAAUCUUAUAAUUAGAUAAAGUGUGUACAUGUUCAGAUAUUAUGUUUAAGCUGUUGCAUCCCAAAGUUCAAACGAAAGAGAUUUUGCAUCAAAUAUCCUUUAUUAGUGGACAUUUUUGGGUGUUUUUUUUUUUUUUUUUUUUUUUUUUUUUUUUUGCGUUCUUCGUAAUCACAUGAAUGCUCUUUGUGCCAAACAUGCCCACGGAUUUGUGUUUUCUAUACUGCAUGCAUUAGUAAAACCCGCCAUGUCUCCUAAUCUGGACCCACCUAAUCUAAAAAGAACUAACUGAUAGUCUGCUAUCAUCAGCGUGUCAUUUUGUGCAUUUUCAAAGCUUCUGAGAGUCGUUUGUGGAUAUUAUAUUUAGCUACAGACCAGAAGCUGUAGCUCUUGUGCCAAAAUGCAUGGUAUUUGAAGAGAGUCAAGUUGUUAUGUUGAGUAUUUCAGUUGUCCCUUGGGUGCUACUAUGAGUUGAAGCCAGUGACAUGGCUGCAGCAGCCCAACAUGACUCAUAGGUUUUAUUCUGCCAUGGCCUUAAAACUGGGCUGCCUCCAUUGAACCUGCUUGUUCCAGGUUUCCCUCGCCAUUUGUUUUAAAGCUCACUGUGGCAUGUUGUUAUUGUCUUCACAGACCAUCUUAAAAAGCACAUCACCUAUUUAUAAUCCUGCAUUGUAGCUAGUUCAAUUUUGACUUUUAUUUAGAACGCUGACUCAAUUCCAGGUUUUGUGUUCAAAAAUAUGAAGCACAUUUAGAAAUUAUACACCUAGACUGACUUAACUGAAAAUUGUUUAGAGCUAUAUACUUAAGUGCAUCAAAUAUUGUUGUACAAUCAUUUAAAUUAAAAGGCGGGUUCACUGUAUAAGCACUUUGUGCAUAGCUCAGAGAAUCUAUAUAGACAUAAACAUAUUCAAGGAUUAAAUUUUAGCUAUUUGUUUAAAUGCAUAUUAACCCAACAACAUUAGGCUGUGAAUUAUGGCCUCUUUACACCCAACACAAUUCAAAAACGUAUUUAACUUUCAUAUGUGAAAGUUAAAUAUUUCUUAUUUAUUUACGCCUGGUUGAGAAGAUAUAUGUGGUUAUUGAGGCACAAACAUGCCGAUUCAUACUGUGCUAACAGGCAGAGUUCAAGACAUUUGACUGUUGAGAUGUUCUAUGAGUCUACUGUGUUGACUCAGUUUCAUCCCUAAUAAUGCUUAAACUCACAUUAGGUGUAACAGUCUUCAUAGUAAUGGGAAGUAAUAUUGUGAUACAACAGUAAUGAGAAAGCAUGCCACUUUAUUACCAUCAAGAGCAUCUUAGACCUUUCUAUUUCCCCAACAUGAUGCAUAUCUGUGUCAUAGCUAAAUGUGUGCAACGUGCAUCAGAUUUGACAGAUCAGUAUUACCUAAUGAUUUUAUCUAAAAUUAUUAAGAAUAGGAUGGGAAAUGAACCUACAUAAUUAUGUGUGCAUCUAUGCAUGCAUUUGAGUGGCAGUUGUGAAGUGCUAUCAAUAGUCUCUGUACCGUUGUUGUAUUCUUUCUUGAGCUGUCAUUAUAUGGAAUGCCUGCUUUGCCUCAUUUGGAUCCUUUAAACAUUUGUGCGCAGAGCGAAAAGUUCUCCAGGCCAAAACAUGUCGAGUCAAAUACAAAUGUAUUUUAUAUUAUACUUAAGAUAUAACAAUUUAUCCAUCAAGUUUACAAUCAUCUUUCAAGAUGCAAUGGUAUGGCAGAGUCGGUUCUAAAAUCAAGUGCUUAAAGGAAGAGUACAAAGCACACUGUUAAUCCAGGGUCCCCAUUCGCAAUGAACACAUUUUGGUUUUGAGUUAUUUUGGUGGUCUCAUUUUUUUAAAUGGAGCAAGUAUGAUUUUUUCCCCCCAUAUGUGUGAGUUAGAUUGAUUUGUUUACCAGUGCAAGUCAGUGGAUUUUAGUUGGGCAAUGCAAAUUAUCUUGUGGCAUCAGAUGGACAAAUACCAUUUCUUUAGAUAUGUUUAUAUUAUAUAUAUAAAACAAAUAUAAACAAUGCUUCCAGAAAUGUUUUUUUUUUCCAGCACAAUAUCGAAUUCUCUACAGGCCUUAUUUUAAAAGUUGCUAGCGCUAAGUGCAGCGCUAUGCCAUAAGCCAUACACACAAAGUCAGUGGGCAUGGACAUUAAGUUUUUGUAUUUUCGUGCAAGCAUGCGCUAAGUAUAGGCGCAAAUGGGUUUGGUGAAAUCACGUGCAAAGCGCUAAUGGGCUGGAUAAAGUGCAAUUUAAUUCUGAGGUUCUUCUCCGGUUAUUGCACCUUCUUCAUGCUAUUACAUAGUCCAUUCCCUGUCAAACACCAGUGAUAUAAACAAAGACAGCACAUUCAUACGACGUUUGUAGUGUAAAGGGACUGUGCGCAAUGAAUUAGAAGAAUAGAAUAAUGGACUUAUACGUUCUUUCAUGCAUUAUCUGCCUCCUUGUUGAAUGUCACGCAUAUUUCUAUGACAGUGACACGCUCCUUUAAUACGCAUGGAAAAUGUGGUUCUCGUCAGAAUUUGGAUAUAGGCUCUGUUAAAUUAUAGAGAAUGUACUGUAAGUAUUAUUAAUCAUUUUCAUCUACAGACACACAUAUCGCGGCUAGUAUUAACAGUGAUUGUAUUGGCAUGCAAUUUACUUCUACUGGUCAAUUUUGAUUUUGAAAAAUGUUAUUAAUUUAAAGAAACAUGAAAAUAUUAAACCAAAUAUAUAUAAAUUCAAAUUACACUUCAAACGAAAUGAAAAUAUAACCCAAAUCCAAACAUUUUACCCUCACAAACUUCUUUCACUGUCCCCUUUUGCAGUCACUUUAAAAGCACUGUACUACAAUAGGUGGAAAAAUACCAAUAUAUAUUAUAUCAUAAAUAAAGUUGUAAAUAAUCAUAAUAAUAAUUGAAAAAUAAACCAUGACCUAUAGAUAGUUUAACACAAAUCUAACAAAUUUGAAGUAUGGCUACGACAGUGAUUGUCAGGUACGUAACUUGAUGUCCCACUAUAUUUUUAGAGUUUGGACAUUAACUUUAUUACCACCUCCUGGUGGAAUCUCCAAACUGCAAAUGUAGGAACUGAGUUUAAACUUUGUGCUGAAAACAGACCUGCUUUUAAAAUGACCUAUUUCUCAGGAAAAUAGCAUUUGAUUAACAUACAAUACACCCAAAUAUUGCGCACAUACACCCACAGAUAGCGCAAAAACUCCCACCCAUGGCCACUUGCACUUUGUGCUGGCACGAAAAUUGCACUUAGUCAUUGGGCAAUGGUCGUUGGGCGUAGCACUGCGCUUUGCGCGCUCAUUGAAAUAAAGCAACUUUCUUUAACUUUCCUUAGUGUCUUUUUUUUACCAAAACCCUUUUUAAAAUUGAAGGAUCCCUGUUAUUCAGAACAAAGAGAAUCUUUUACAACACAAUUAAGAGGUCUCAGUUUAUCUUUAUUUUGUUUUCCCUUAAAAAUGGUCUUGUUCAGAAGGUAAAAAUAUUAUAUGAUGACAGAAUGACAAGUAGUGUUGGAAGGUACAGUAGUUAAAGCAUACAAUUACUAUGAUUUUGCUUUUGAGCAAGUUCUGAGCAACUGUUUGACCACCCAUGUUAAAUCCAAUGUGAUAAUCUGAAAUGUAUUUCAUCCUCUUCUCUUCAGUACUCCACAGUGUCAUAGACAGGACUGUAUUUGCCUGUUUGUAUUUUAUUUAAGGAAAGCAUCCAAAAGUCUGUUAAUUUAUGCAGUGUGUGGGUCCUUUUGUCGGGGCAUUGAGACUGUGAUUGUGGUUUUGCCCUGACAUAUCAUAUUUGCUUGGAUGCAAAAAUACAUUGUUUUAUCUGGCAUAUUCACUGACAUUCUUUGCACAGAAUCAUGGAUCAAUCUGGAAACACAUGGAGGUUCCUGUUGUUCGACGUGACCAAAGCUUGAUCUUUUCAUCAUUUAUGUAUUUUUUUUUUUUUUUUUUAAAGAGAUGCUUUAUAAUUCCUGUCAAUGCCAAGAAGCUGAGGUUUAUUUUUGUACUUCAUUGUUUCAUGCAAAUGUAUAGGUCCUCCAGUGCAGAAUCUAGGAUUUAAGGGUACUAUGGUAAACUGUCACCCAUCAAGGUACUAUCUUUGAAGAUACUAAUUCAUGUAUUUAAUGUGAGAAGCAUGUCCUAUAUAAAUGAAUAUAUAUAAUAUAAAGAAUAUAUUAUGUGAUUAUUUGUAUAAAAUAUUAACUUCUGUUUAUAAGAAAUUGUUUUAAUAUUUGAAGCAUAAUGUAUAUUAUAUUUUUAAGUUUCUAUUUUAGCAUGCAGUUAACUGCUGAAUAUUUUCAUUAUGUUAAAUGAUUUAAUUGUAUUUAGUUUAGGAGAUCAUUUGAGUUGUUUUAAUGAUUUAGUAAAAGGACUAAAUGCGAGUACUUUUGCUGUUUGUCAGCUAGGACUGUACUACUUCAGAUUUUUAGAGUGGGUGAUGGCUCAUUGUUUCAUUUGAGAUGCUGCUAUGCUUAGUUUUGAGCAAAAAGCUGUAUUUUUAAUUAACUUUUCAGCCAAGUAGCAAUAAAUUUUUUUUACUGUGAAUUAUGUGUCUUUUGCCACCAAAAUUUCUUACUUAUUGACCUAAAGGCUUGUAUAUUCUACUUUUUUUUUUUUUGCCCUUUUAAAAAAUACAAUUCUCAUCAUUUACUCACCCUCAUGCCAUCCCAGAUGUGUGUAACGUUAUUUCUUCUA